AUGACGGUGUUUGGGGCUGCUGGCAGUCUGUGGCUGAGGCAAAGGUCUUCUAAAAGCUUCUACCAUCCUGAAGUCAGUGUUCGUUGCAAACAAGGAGUUGCCUUUCACAAAGUGACAAUGCUCAACUCUGUGGGUCUGAACCUUGUGGUGCUGCUUUCAGCAAUGCGAGCAGCCACAGUAGAGAGAGUGGAGUAUGACUACUACAAAUACCAUCCAAUGCCGGAGAUCACCAACUGGAUGAAUCAGACUGCGAAGGAUCACCCUGAUCUUGUGACCAUAGUGGACUAUGGAAAGACCUAUGAGAAGAGGACUAUUAGCUUGCUCAAGAUUGGCCUGAAUACUGGAAAGAAAAAGAAAGCUAUCUGGAUGGACUGUGGGAUCCACGCCAGGGAAUGGAUCGCCCCGGCCUUCUGUCAGUACUUUGUCAGACAGAUCCUGCAAACAUACAAAACAGACCCAAAAAUGGAAGAGAUGAUGAAGAACAUGGACUUCUACGUCACCCCUGUGCUCAACAUGGACGGCUACAUCUACACCUGGAAGGACAACACAACUCGACUGUGGAGGAAGAACAGGUCACCAGGACCUUCAGACUGUUACGGCACUGAUCUCAACCGCAACUUUGACGCCAACUGGGGCACAAUAGGGGUAUCAUCUAACUGCUGCUCAAACUUCUACGGCGGGAGAGAACCUGUGUCUGAGCCCGAGGCCCAGGCCGUAACUUAUUUUGUAGGAAGCCGGAAGGAGGACUUCCUGUGUUUCCUCACUAUCCACUCCUACAGCCAGAUGCUCUUGAUUCCCUUUGGACACCCAAACUUCACCGCUGACAACUACGAAGAGCUGAUGGAUGUGGGUUUGGCUGCAGCAGACGCCAUUAGGGGGAUCCACGGGAAGAAUUACACUGUAGGAACCUCAGCGAAAGUAUUGUACCCCAAAUCUGGUUCAUCCACAGACUGGGCUCGGCUGCAGGGGAUCCCCUUCACCUACACCUUUGAGCUGAGAGACAAUGGGACAUUCGGCUUCCAGCUACCCGAGGAUCAGAUCCAGCCGACCUGUGAGGAGGCCUACAGCGGAGCCCUGCACAUCAUCACCUACGCCCACGACAAGACCUUUAAUGGUGCUGUGGCACCCACUGCUGCAGCCCUGUGGACCAUGCUGUUAGGAGUGGGUUUCACCAACACCACUCUGAUGUGA